AUGACCCUUAAGAGAGUCACCACACGGAGCCAGCAGGCAUGGGGCAAAAUGGAUUUGACUGAGUCUCUUACUUGUGGGUCAGUGGCCCAGAAUGGACUGAGAGAAAGGACGGACAAGCCUCCCAACUUCGUGGAUCUGCUCAGCGAAAUCCGCAGUGAGGAAGAGUAUGACACCUCUCGGAGUAGACUGAACCCCUCAGUGCAGACUAUCCAUACCAAACAUGAUAAUAGCAAGCAGGACGAGAUCCAGAACCUGAAAGCCGAGAUCAAGGAGCUAAGGCCCCAAGGGCCUCGCAGUGGCUCCGAUGAACACUUCUGUUACCGGUGUGGUGAAAGCGGCCAUUUUGCUGUCACGAGCCAGAAGCCUCCCAGUGAUAGUUCUACUGACAGUGGCUCUCAGGUCACCAUAAUCUUCGAAGGCUGGUACAAGAAGUACAUACCUGAUGUACCCAUCUACCCAGUAGACGGCCUAGACAUCUGGGGUUUGAGUGAGUCCAGCUACCCCUACAAAGGAUAUGUUGUGGUGGAGAUGGAAUUCCCACAGAAAGUCACUGGUGCCCCUGAGACGAUCUCCGUGCUCGCCCUGAUCUGCCCGACGCCGAGAGGCCCAGAGCAAACACCAAUCAUUGUGGGGACUAACGCCAAGGCCAAUCUACCUAAGCGUCUCGCACGUCUGUAUGGAGAAAUGGUGGGUGUGCACCUCGCCCAAACCAUUGGAGUCAAGAAGAUGGAUGCUGGGACAAAGACCGGACCAAACCUCCCGCUACACGAUACGGAAGAUGGAGACGAGGGAGUGGGAUAUGUGAAGUGGCUAGGUCCAGGCUCGCUCAUUCUACCACCUGGGGCCAGCCGUGCGGCCAGCUGCAAAGUAGAGUUCACCCAGCCAGUGGAGAAAGAGAUCCUGAUGAUGGAUGACUCUCCUACCAAACCCCUCUCUGCCGGCGUGCUACUGACGUCAAUAGUAGUGCCCAGCUAUGAUGUUGACCCCAAACAACGCCUCGCCCCAGCUAACAUUGAUGACGUGAGACGACAUAUGCAAGAGCUGAUAGCAGCAGGCAUUAUCAAGAAGUCCCGAAGCCCCUACGCAUCACCCAUAGUGAUCGCGCGGAAGAAGAAUGGGAAAAUGGAUAGACUUCAGUUUAAAAGUGCAGUAUGGAAGUAUUACACUCAACCAACACCAGGGAAGGCAGUCUGUAAUACAUGCAAUGAAGGUGUCAGCAUGGGAGCAACAACUGGGAAAAACAAAAAUACUUCAAACCUGUGGUCCCAUCUUAGGAUUCAUCACCCUGAGUUGUAUGAAACAGCACAGAAGAAACGGGAAUCUGAAUCUCAUCAGGAUGAGGCAACUUCAUCUCAGCCAACAAUAGAGGACAUGUUUCAGAAACAAAGAAAGUGGACAAACCGAGAUGACAGGUCGAAACUAACGGACAAACUAGUCCUAGAGAUGAUAGUCACUGACAACCAACCGUUCUCGGUGGUGUCUGAUGUUGGCUUUAAGCGCCUCAUGGCUGCAUCAGAGCCACGAUAUGCACUGAAAAGUGACAAGUAUUACCGAACUGAGAAGCUGCAAGAAGUUCACCACAAGAUUGUGGACAAGAUCAAAGCGCUGAUUCAACCAGAGAAUGCUGGCUACUUUCUCUCCUUCACCACAGACUGCUGGUCUGGUGUGACAGAGUCUCUCAUGAGCCUGACAUGCCAUUUCAUCAACACUGAAUGGACAAGAAAGCAGGUCAUCUUAAAUACAAGAGCAAUGCAUGGGUCCGACACUGGGGAAUACCUGAAAGAGACAUUCCUCAAUAUGCUUGAGGACUGUAAGAUAAGCAAAGACCGUGUAGCACUAGUGCUUCGAGACAGCGGAGCCAAUAUUGUGAAGGGAAUGAGGCUAGCUGAACUCCCAGACCUCAGGUGCACGGCGCACACCUUGCAACUUGUGGUGAAUGACGGUCUGGCAAGUCAAAGAGCCGUCACAGAUGUCAUUGCAAUGCUUAAGAAGUGUGCCACACAUUUCCACCACUCCAUUCUGGCCAAACAGCGUUUGCGAGUCAUUCAGAGGGAACUUGGCCUGCCAGAGCACAACAUAAUCCAGGCUGUUCCAACGAGGUGGAACUCAACGCUCCACAUGCUGCAAAGAAUGCUGGAGCAAAAGCGUGCGCUUACCAUCUACUGUGGUGAACAUGGAGGAUUUGCAGGUCCUAAUGCUCACCAGUGGGACCUUGUGUCCAAUUUAAUUGAAACUCUUCUCCCAAUAGAGGAAGUGACACUUCAGGUGAGCCACAGCAACUCAUCAGCAUCCUGCAUCAUUCCAUGCCUGACUGUGCUGAAGAUGCUUCUUCAAGAUGAUGAGGGGCCCUCCACAAAAGGCAUCAGAACGCUCAGGCAAGCCAUGAGGGAGAGCCUCGACAAGCGUUUCUCAAAAGUAGAAGACACAAAAACUGUGCUGCUGGCCUGUCUCUUAGAUCCUUGAUAUAAGAGUCAUGCAUUCUCCUCUGCCACAACAUUGAGCAAGGCCAAAGGAUGGUUGAAAGAGGAAGAGGACGCUAAUGACGGAAACACCCACAAAAGGCAACGGAGAGAACACACAUCCUUCCGCAGCCGUGUUGAUGAGAUGUUCAGUUCUCUGCUGGCACAUCACACUGGUGACCUGCUGGCCAGUAGCUGCGUUGAGGAUGAGCUGCAUCUGUACCUCAAGGAGCCAGUGAUCGACAGGCGUAAAGGGGACCCACUCCAGUGGUGGAGACAGAAUGAUGGGCGCUUCAAGCUACUUGCGAAACAAGCAAGAAAGUUUCUUUGUGCAUCACCCUCAUCAGUCCCAAGUGAGCGCGUCUUCAGUGAAGUCUCUGCAAUUUAUGAGAGCAAAAGAAGCCGUCUCACUGGAGAGCACGCUGAACAACUCUGCUUUUUGCACCACAAUCUGGUGCUGCUCAAUUGGGACUACUAA